AGGAGAAGGAGGAAGAGGAAAACAAGACAAACAGCCAGUGCAGUGGAGAGGAACGUGUGUCCAGUGGUGCUAGUCCCUGCGGAGCUGGUAGCCAGGAGUCGAGUUCCCUGCCUACCCCCAAGCCUGCAUCAACCUGCCACCUCCCUGCUGAGGCCAUGGGCCCAGGGGCUCUGCUGAUCCUGCUGGUGGCCACAACCUGGCAUGGUCAGGGGGUCCCAGUGAUUGAACCCAGUGGCCCUGAGCUGGUUGUGGAGCCCGGCACAACUGUGACCCUGCGAUGUGUGAGCAAUGGCAGUGUGGAAUGGGACGGCCCCAUUUCUUCUUACUGGACCCUGGACCCUGAUGCCCCCAGCAGCGUCUUGACCACGAACAAUGCUACCUUCCAAAACACGGGGACGUAUCGCUGCACUGAGCUUGGAGACUCCCUGGGGGGCAGUGCUACCAUCCACCUCUACGUCAAAGACCCUGUUCGGCCCUGGAAGAUUCUGGCCCAGGAGGUGACGGCGCUGGAGGGUCAGGAUGCGCUGCUGCCCUGCCUGCUCACUGACCCGGAACUGGCGGCGAGCGUUUCGCUGGUGCGGGUGCGUGGCCGGCCUGUCUUGCGCCAAACUAACUACUCCUUCUCGCCCUGGAAUGGCUUCACCAUCCACAAGGCCAAGUUCAUUGAAAGCCAGGACUACCAGUGCAGCGCUCGGGUAGGCGGCAGGACAGUGACGUCGAUCGGCAUCCGGCUUAAAGUGCAGAGAGUCGUCCCAGGGCCCCCAACCUUGACACUGAAGCCUGCAGAGCUGGUGCAGAUUCAGGGAGAGGCUGCCCAGAUCGUGUGCUCAGCCAGUGACGUUGAUGUCAACUUCGACGUCUUCCUCCAGCGCGGAGACACCAAGCUCUCCAUCUCUCAACAAUCUGACUUCCAUGAGAACCGGUACCAAAAAGUCCUGACCCUCGGCCUCGAUCACGUAGGCUUCCAAGAUGCUGGCAACUACACCUGCGUGGCCAUCAAUUCCCAGGGUGUCCGCUCCACCUCCAUGGUCUUCCGGGUGGUAGAGAGUGCCUACUUGAACUUGACUUCUGAGCAGAACCUCCUCCAGGAGGUGACCGUGGGUGAGAAGCUCGAACUUAAAGUCAAGGUGGAAGCCUACCCGAGCCUGAAAGGUUUUAACUGGACCUAUCAGGGACCCUUCUUUGGCCACCAACCCAAGCUCAAUUUUGUAACCAUCAAGGACACAUACAGAUACACCUCCAUCCUCACCCUGCCUCGCCUGAAGCCCUCCGAGGCCGGCCGCUACUCCUUCCUGGCCAGCAAUGCCAGACACGAGGAGUCCUUGACUUUUGAGCUCACCCUUCUAUACCCCCCAGAGGUGAAGGUCACGUGGACCCUCAUCAAUGACUCUAAAGCCCUGCUCUGUGAGGCCUCUGGGUACCCCCAGCCCAGUGUGACAUGGGUGCAGUGCAGGGGCCACACUGACAGAUGUGAUGAGACCCAAAUGCUGGUCCUGGAGGACCCAAACCCUGAAGUCCUAAGCCAGGAGCCCUUCCACAAGGUGAUCGUCCAGAGCCUGCUGGCCACGGGAACCUUGGAACACAACAGGACGUAUGAAUGCAGGGCCCACAAUAGCGUGGGGAACAGCUCCCAGGCCUUCUGGCCCAUCUCUGUAGGAGCCCACACGCAGCCCUUGGAUGAGCCCCUCUUCACACCGGUGCUGAUGGCCUGUCUGUGCAUCAUGGCGCUGCUGCUGCUGCUGCUUGUGCUGCUUUUGUACAAGUACAAGCAGAAGCCCAAGUACCAGGUGCGCUGGAAGAUCAUCGAGAGCUACGAGGGCAACAGCUACACCUUCAUCGACCCCACCCAGCUGCCCUACAACGAGAAGUGGGAGUUCCCCCGAAACAACCUGCAGUUCGGUAAGACCCUUGGAGCCGGUGCCUUUGGGAAGGUGGUAGAAGCCACAGCCUUUGGUCUGGGCAAGGAAGAUGCUGUCCUGAAGGUGGCUGUGAAGAUGCUGAAGUCCACGGCUCACGCUGACGAGAAAGAGGCCCUCAUGUCGGAACUGAAGAUCAUGAGUCACCUGGGCCAGCACGAGAACAUAGUCAACCUUCUGGGAGCCUGCACCCAUGGAGGCCCUGUCCUGGUCAUCACCGAGUAUUGCUGCUACGGCGAUCUGCUCAACUUUCUGCGGAGGAAGGCUGAGGCUAUGCUGGUUCCCAGCCUGAGCCCAGGCCAGGACCCUGAGGUGACCGCUGGCUACAAGAACAUUCACCUGGAAAAGAAAUACAUCCACAGAGACAGCGGCUUCUCCAGCCAGGGCGUGGACACCUAUGUGGAGAUGAGGCCGGUCUCCACUUCUUCAAAUGACUCGUUCUCUGAGCAAGACCUGGACAAGGAGGACGGGCGGCCGCUGGAGUUGUGUGACCUGCUUCACUUCUCGAGCCAGGUGGCCCAGGGCAUGGCCUUCCUCGCUUCCAAGAACUGCAUCCACCGUGAUGUGGCAGCCCGAAACGUUCUGCUGACCAGUGGGCGUGUGGCCAAGAUUGGGGACUUUGGGCUGGCUAGGGACAUCAUGAAUGACUCCAACUAUAUCGUCAAGGGCAACGCCCGCCUACCUGUGAAAUGGAUGGCCCCAGAGAGCAUCUUUGACUGUGUCUACACCGUUCAGAGCGACGUCUGGUCCUACGGUAUCCUCCUCUGGGAGAUCUUCUCACUUGGACUGAACCCCUACCCUGGCAUCCUGGUGAACAGCAAGUUCUAUAAAUUGGUGAAGGAUGGAUACCAAAUGGCCCAGCCUGCAUUCGCCCCAAAGAAUAUAUACAGCAUCAUGCAGGCCUGCUGGGCCCUGGAGCCAACCCACAGACCCACUUUCCAGCAGAUCUGCUCCCUCCUGCAGGAGCAGACCCAAAUGGACAGGAGAGAGCGGGACUACAGUAACCUGCCCAGCAGCAGCAGUGGCGGCAGCAGUGAGCCGGAGGAGGAGAGCUCCAGUGAGCACCUGGCCUGCUGUGAGCAGGGGGAUGUUGCCCAGCCCCUGCUGCAGUCCAAUAACUACCAGUUCUGCUGAGGAGGUGACAACGGAAGCACUGCCUCUCCCCUCCACCAAGCUUCAACUCCUCCAUGGAUGGGGCACCAUGUGGAGAAAAAAGACUCUGCCCUUAAUCAUUUCAGCCCAGUUCUGAAACUCAGGGCCACGGGAUCCAUGGGAGAUGGGAGAGGAUCCCACUUCCAGGGCCUGAGCCAUCACUGCCAGUCAGGGGCUGGGGCUGAGCCCCGCCCUUUCCCCCAGUUCUCAAUGCUGUGGCCUCAUGUUUGCUAUGCCAACUGGGGUAACACCCAGCUCACUCUUAACCUGUUCCCACUUCCAGGAGUAACCUUCCCUACUUCCUCCUGUCUCGAUGGAAAAGGACUGGUUUUGUGCCUAUGACGUCCCCAGGAGCAGCCUUGGAGCAGAAACCCUCCUUUGUAAGAAUCUAAUUGUCCCACUCUGCCCUCUACCCUUCUCUCCACAGCCCCACCCAGGGUCUGGUACCACUGCAAUGAGCCAGGUGGCAGCUAAAAGCUUGGGGUGUUCUGCCCGGUCCCCUGUCAUUCUGAGCUGGAAGGCAGGGGACCCAUGUGGCUGGCCACACCAAGCAAGCAGCACACACUCCCUCACGUUGACUUAGACUCAUCAUAACUAACAAUCAAUCACGCUGUGGGAGGUCUGUCAGCAUUAAACUAACCACAUUAACUCA